UUGGCUAUGAUUGGCCAGAGAGUACUGGUCCAGCACGGUGCAUGACGGUGAGUCGUGUGGGAAUGGCUUCGCAGGAUGAAGUUGAGCGGGCGGUCGCGCAGUGGCUGAAAUGGGACAAGAAUCCUAAAACAUUAGCUGAAGUUAAACAGCUGAACUGUGAUGGGAACAUUGAACAACUUCAGAAGUAUUUUGGGCCCAGGAUGCUCUUCGGAACAGCAGGGUUACGGUCAGUCAUGGGACCAGGAUUUUCCUGCAUGAAUGACCUGACCAUUAUACAGACAACCCAGGGUUUAUGUCGGUAUCUGGAAAAAUCCUUUUCAGAUGUGAAAGACCGAGGUGUAGUGAUUGGUUUUGAUGCACGUGCUCACCCUCCCAGUGGAAGUGGCAGUCAAAGAUUUGCCCGAUUUGCUGCCACUGUUCUGAUUAGCCAGGGUAUUCCUGUGUAUCUUUUCUCUAAGAUUACUCCAACACCAUUUGUGCCUUUUACUGUAUCCCAGUUGAAGCUGUGUGCGGGAAUAAUGGUUACAGCAUCUCAUAACCCCAAGCAGGAUAAUGGUUAUAAGGUUUACUGGGAAAAUGGGGCUCAGAUUAUACCACCCCAUGAUGAAGAAAUUGCAAAGGCCAUUGAGAAAAAUUUAGAGCCGUGGCAAGGGUCAUGGAAUGACAAGAUUGUUGACUGUAGUUCCCUCAUUAAAGAUCCUUUUGAAAAUAUGAAAAAUAAAUACUUUGAAUGUUUACAGAAACAUUGCUUUUACAGGGAUAUAAAUAAAAGCGCCAAACUUAAAUUUGUCCAUACAUCUGUGCAUGGAGUUGGACACGAAUUUGUACAGUCGGCUUUCAAAGCAUUCAACUUGGCCCCUCCUCUUGCAGUUCCAGAGCAGAAAGAUCCUGAUCCAGAAUUUCCAACAGUCAAGUACCCAAAUCCAGAAGAAGGCAAAGAUGUAUUGACAUUAUCCUUUGCCCUAGCUGACAAGGAAGGAGCCAAAGUCAUUUUGGCAAAUGACCCAGAUGCUGAUCGUCUUGCUGUGGCUGAGAAGCAAGAAGGUGGAGGAUGGAAAGUGUUUUCAGGGAACGAAUUGGGUGCCUUGUUGGGCUGGUGGAUUUUUACUUGCUGGAAGAAGCUAAAUCCAGAGUCUUCUCGUCUGAAAAAUGUGUAUAUGUUAUCAAGUACAGUCUCUUCAAAAAUUCUCCAGGCAAUUGCACUAAAGGAAGGAUUUCAUUUUGAGGAAACCUUAACUGGCUUUAAGUGGAUGGGAAACAAAGCUAAAGAACUGUUAGACAAGGGCAAUGAGGUGCUUUUUGCAUUUGAAGAAGCAAUUGGUUAUAUGUCUACUAAAUUCGUCCUAGAUAAAGAUGGUGUUAGUGCUGCAGCCAUUGUUGCAGAAAUGGCUAGCUUUUUAGCUUGCAAGAACAUCACACUGUCCCAGAAACUCAAAGCAAUUUAUGAAGAGUAUGGUUAUCAUAUUUCAAAAGCUUCAUACUUCAUAUGCCAUGAACCUAAGAGUAUUCAAAGGAUGUUUGAAAAUUUACGAAAUUUUAAUGGAAGUAAUGAGUACCCCAAGUCCUGUGGGAAGUUUGAAAUUUCAGACAUUCGAGAUUUAACCACCGGCUAUGACAGCAGCCAGCCAGACAAAAAGGCUGUGCUACCAACCAGUAAAAGCAGCCAAAUGAUCACCUUCACAUUUAAGAAUGGAUGUGUAGCUACCCUGAGGACUAGUGGGACAGAACCUAAAGUUAAAUAUUAUUCAGAGUUGUGUGCACCACCUGGAAAUUGUGACCCAGAGAAGUUGAAGGAGGAGCUCAAUGACUUGGUCAAUGCAUUGGUGGAACAUUUCUUCCAGCCAGAGAAAAACGGCUUCACACCUCAGUCCAACUGAAAUUAUCUCAAAAAUACUCUUGUCACUGUCAGUCUUAACAGCAGACUAUGUUAACUGUAUUUGCUGUGCUUUAUGUUCGUGGUUUACUAUUUUAAAAUGUGCUCUGUUGCUCACAUCCUGGGGAGAAUGAAUACCUCCCUUUUAUACAAUGGUGAAGUGUAGGGGUCGAUCUCCCUUCACAGCUGGAUGUUUCAUAGGUUUCUCUCCUUAAAAUGGUAAGAAAUUUGGUUUAAUAUACUCCUUUGUCUACGUUCAAGGCCCUAUAAUGAAUAUUUAGUCAUGGUUUCAAAUCAACAAGGACUGCAAAAUUUAAUAAGGACUAGCUUUUCAGUUGCUCAGAGCUUAUGCAGCUCUCAACCUGGGGGGUUAGAUAAGGGGGGGGGGGGAGGCAAAAAGCUACCACAUAGUGGUAUAAUCAAAUCUCAGAUGUGAACAGCUUCCUGAAUAGAGCAUUUUUUUUGUUUCAAACUUUUGAGCUUGACUAACUUUUUCAUAUCCUAACUUUUGAGAUUUUAAUUUUUACAUUACAUUUUCACUAAUAAUUCAGUGUAUUGUUGAUUUCAGGCAAAUAUGAGAAUUGAUGUCACCAAACUUUAUAGUAACUUCUUUUUGCCCCUUUAAUGCAUUUUAGUAAUGUGAGAAUACCUACCCAAAGCUUAAUGCAUUUUGUUAUUCUGUGUUCUAUGGAUUAACGUGAUUUGUAUUUUGUAGGAAUAUACAAUAGAAAGAUCUUAACAUUUUGGAAACACUAUGACAAGCCUUACAGUAUUUGCAGAGAAACUGGGAACAUUUAUUCUGUUACUGAAGACAUUUCCAUUGAUGGGUUAUCUGUCAAUUGUGUGUAUAUGGUCUGUUUAGAUAAAAGCAGCAGCAUUUGCUGUAAAUUAUUUUGUAAAGAUUGACAACGGCAAGUGAUUUUGGUUCAUCAGACUUUGGAAACUGGGAAAACAAUUUAGCAACUAUAAGCUUUCAACAAAAACUUUUGGAAUGUCAAGCAAUUAAAUGGUUUAAAUGUUAUAAUAUAAUUUAGGUUGAAAUGUUCGUUACUAUUGUGAUUUGUAAAGUUAUUUACUGUAAGGUUUUAAGGCACUAAUUAAAUAGAUUUAAGUGCAGUAUGUAUUCACUGCAGCUUAAUCUAGAGGAUUAAUACACAAUGUUCAAAAUGCAACCAGGAACUUUGUUGUUUAAAAUUCAAAAUGCUUAAUUGUAUAUGGUAUUUCUGAAAAAUAUUCUUUGCCUGAAUUACUGAAACACCAUUUGCCUUAAAGUGGCCCUUUUGUCACCUUCCAGUUGAGUUUCACUCCUUACUAUGCUGAUUAUUAAGACAGGAACUGUCAGAACAAUUCACACUGGGUGCUUUCACUUAUAAGUUGCUGCUUCAGCUCUACACUUAAACAGAAGUUGUGGCAGAAUGAGUAACAAAAUAAAAAAAUUCUUAUUACCCAACUAUAGAAUUUAUUUUGCAUAUUAAUAUUUUGUUUUACAGAUGUACUCUUUAUUACCUGCAAUUUUUAACAUUACUUAACUAACAAGUUGUCCUGUUAAUUUCAUUACAUGUGAUAAUUAACAAGUUUUUAAAAGGGCAAAGUUGACAUAAUUAACAUCCAGGUAUAUGUGGGAUUAUACACUAAGCAGCUCAGAUGCACUGCUAUCUUUUGCUUUGAUUAUAGCAUAUAACACAUACAGUAUGUUACAAUUCUAAAGAUGCUGGAUAUUGCAGAUUGUUCUUCCAAAAUGUCAUAUUUGCAGUAUUAAAAAAUGCAAAUGUUGA